AUGAGUCUAGAAAAAAAGCUAAUGAAGAGGCUUGAGGGAGGGAAGUUUAGGAUGCUGAAUGACAGAAUGUAUCAUGGGAAGGGGUUGAAGAAAAAAGACUUGAGACUGUACCAUGAGUUGUAUGAUCUACAGGUGAAAAGGUGGCCUGUAAAUCCUCUUGACAUAAUAAUUGAGAAGAUAAAAGAGAAGGGAGGAGAUAUGGUGAUAGCAGACGUAGGGUGUGGAGAUGCAAGGAUUGCCAAGGAAUUUGAGAAUGUAAUAUCCUUGGACCUUCAUCCUUCUAAGAAAGGGAUAGUGCGGUGUGAUAUGAGCAAAAGGAUUCCCUUGGAAGACAAAAGUGUUGACAUUGCAGUCUGCUGCCUGAGCAUGAUGAUUGAAAACAUUGCAGUUCCUACAAAAGAGAUCAAUCGGAUACUAAAAGAGAACGGGUAUUGGUAUGUAGCAGAAGUCAGGAGUAGGAUACCUGGUGUAAGACUUCUAGAGAGGAAGUUUGAGGCCUUUGGGUUUGAAAUCAAGCAGGUUGAUGUGUCGAAUGAGCAGUUUGUUAUAUUUGUUCUGAAGAAGGUUCUAAGCAAGAAUUGGAAGAAGCUUCCCCAGAUAAAGCUGAUGCCAUGGCUAUACAAGAAGAGAUAG